UUAAUGGGUGGGUUUGUCACAGACAUGGGAGGGACAUAAUAAACAAACUACCUUCAGCUUCAAUGAACGGCUUACUUUGGAAUGGGAUCUUGACUCAGCAACAAUAUUCCAAAGGCCGAAAUGAAUACUGAUAAAGGAAUCAUAGCGAGUAAUUGACGAUAAUGUUAAGAUGAGUACACCAACAAUUGAGUAACAUUUAGAAGGACUAAUUCUCUAGAGCUGAGGCGAUUUUCUCCGUCCCAGUAUGGUGCGCGAAGGACGAGUGCCCAACGGCGAGGAUAUUGCUUUAAACAAGCCGGGAGAUGAGGAAGCCAAUAUCCAAACAGAGCACUUCAAUCGACCAAUCAACCUGAACCACUAUGCCACCAAGAAAAGUGCAGCCCAGAGCAUGCUGGAUGUCGCCCUGCUGAUGGCCAACUCGUCCCAGCUAAAGACGGUCCUCUACGUGGGGCCGCAGUACCGCUUCUACAUCCCGCUCCUGGUGCUCCUAAGUCUGUCCAUUACACUGCAGGUGGUGGUGGGCCUUCUCCUGGUUCUCAUUGUGAAGUACGAUCUGAACGACACAAGGAAACACCAGAAACUCAACACCAUGAACAAUGUGGCCACAGUGUUUGUCUUCUUCACAGUUCUGGUCAACAUCUUCAUCACUGCUCUGGGAUUCGAGGCUGGUCGGGACAGUACCAUGACGGGCCUUUCCGUGGUGCCGGUUCCUCAAAUGCUUGGGUCUGACAACCACACAGGGGAGGGGUAGAGCUCUCACUGCGGCAUUCAGCCAGUCAGUUAUCACUCAGGAGCCAUCUACGCUCAACUCCUCCCAUGCCUUAUAGGAAUAUAUAUAUAUAUAAUAUUAUAUAUAUAUUCUUUUAUAUAUACAUAUAUAUAUGUAUAUAAUAUAUAAUAUUUAUGCUAUAUCAAUUUAUAUAUACAUUUCUGGUUUGACCAAACAGGUCAGUGAAAUUACCAUGUUUACCAUCUGUUGUCCAACAGUACUGGCUGUGAAAUACAACUUAAGCACAGUAAAGAGGAAAGGCAUUACCAGUGGCGAUGAUUCAUUUUUUUGGUCAGAUUAGUCACUUAAAAGCAAUCCCAGAUUUCCCCAGGAAAUAUGUUCUCAGGUUUUCUAGUGUAGUCAUGCCUUUUGUGUGGUUUAUAGAUGUUGAAACCUAGGUUUGUAGUUUGAGUUGAGUUGUUUGAGUUGUGCUUUUUAGCAUAGGAACGGGGGUGGUUUCAGCAAUAAUGUGUAGUACUGUAUUUCUUCAAGUUCCUUUAAUACUUUGUCACUUUAAGUCGUUUCAUCCUUUUCUUUUUUAAGAUACUUGUACAAUAUACUUGACAUUAUUCUUGAGCAAUAAAAUUGUUCUAUUCAUUCCA